AUGUCGAAGGCGAUCUUUACCAGCAACAACUUUGCAAUGUCCCAUGAGGGUAUGGUCUCAGUUCCCACUGAUCAUGGAGCCCCACAACAGGGAGUGUCGAUCAAGGAGGUUGUUCAGGAGGGAAACACACUGGACGUCUCAGUUGCUGCUCGCGACCUCCAAGCAGGCGAAUUAGCCCUGCGGAUCCCUGAUCAUCUUGUGAUCACAUUGGAUAGAGUCUUUGAGGAUGAGUCUCUGGCAGAGCUCUUGACGACAGACAAAUUGAGCGAGCUGGCGUGUCUGACACUGUAUUUGAUGUACGAAAAGAAGAAUGGGAGGCAGUCAGUGUGGUACGAGUUCAUCAAGGAACUGGAUCGAAUCCAGGGCAGAGGGCAGAUGGGUGCAAAGUCCCCUCUUUUGUGGGACGAGGGUCAGGUGGAUGAGUACCUUGCUGGCAGUCCCCUUGUGGCAGAGAUCAAGGAGCGGCUGAAGGGCAUUGAGAAGGAAUACGCAGAGCUGGACACUGUGUGGUUCAUGGCCGGGAGCCUGUUCAAGAGCUACCCCUACGAUGUCCCCACUGAGGCCUUCUCCUUGAAGUUGUUCAGACAGGGCUUUGCAGCAGUGCAGGCGAGUGUGGUCCACUUGCAAGGGGUGCCCCUGUCAAAGCGCUUUGCGCUUGUGCCGCUCGGCCCUCCUCUGCUGUCUUACUCCUCCACUGCGAAGGCCAUGCUCACAUACAACAGGGAGGCAAAGGAGGUGCAAUUGGCGGUGGAUAGAAGCUACACAAAGGGAGAGCCCAUCGAGGCGUGGUGUGGGCCGCAGCCAAACAGGCGGUUGUUGCUGAACUAUGGGAUCGUGACGGACAACAACCCCCACGACAAGAUGGCGCUCACUGUGACCCUGCCGCACGCGGACCCCCUGUUCCAGGCCAAGCGAGCUGUGCUGCAGCAGAACAACCUGUCCACCCAGCAGACCUUCCAGCUCCAGCGCGACAAGGGCCUGCCGGAGCUGCUGCUGCCAUACUUGCGGCUGGCGCACUGCACGGAUGCAGCUAGUCUCAAGCUGGCAACCCUGGACACAUGCUGCGCCGCGCCCAUCAGCCCAGAGAACGAGCGCACCGUGCUGCACCAGCUCGCCUCCCACCUGCAGGACCGCCUCGACAGGUACAAAACCACAUGCGAGGAGGACGAGGUGAUCAUCCGCAGCACCACUGCAGGGCCACGCCAGAAGGUGGCAGCGCGCCUCCUGCGCAUUGAAAAGGCCAUUCUCCGAGAUGCCAAGCGAAGGCGAGGCGUUGAGGACCUGCGUUCAGACUACGUUACCAAGCAGGCUGCAUCAUUUGCAGACAGACAGGCCGAGCGGAACCUGGCCCAAGCACGCAAGGUUUGCGAAACUCUGGACAGGAGGAAGGGCAUCACAGAGAACGUGAUGUGGCCCAUAGAACCAGCGAGCGACGAUGGCGAAGAAGAGAAUGAGAUCAAGGAAGGCAGUUGGGAGGCCUUGCAAGUUGCCGAGAAGCUAGCUGAUGUCCUGAGCUGCUUGCGGUCCCGCCACCUCUACUGCCUGUUCUGCGGCUGUGCGUAUGACAGCAAGGAUGCGAUGGAUGCGGCGUGCCCUGGCAUAUCAGAGGACGUACACUGAUAUCAGCAUUAAAGUUAAUAUGAUGAUGUGAAUGUAGAAUGGAACAGCCCCUCCGGAGGGUGUACAGCAAAUGGUAGUGGCGGAGAAAUACCCUAUUAACCACCAAGGUUGGGUGACAACUUUCUAAAAGGGCUGCAAUUGCGCUUUCAAGAUGUCCUUGCAACAGAAUGGCAUCAACAAUUUUGGGCAGACAUAGUGUGGCGCACAUUAAAUACAAAAUGCUUUGCGGCCUUGUGUCUUGUAAAAGCACAUCUCU